UUUGGGACAACCCCACCUGCACCAGAAACGUGGUUGUGGUGUCCAGAGGCAUGCGAGCCAUGAUGUCCUGCGAGAUCGCCAACAACUUUGCCCAAGUGAACGUCUCCCUAUGCAAACCCAAGCAGAACUGCAGCCAAAUUCUAGGAGUGAAGGCCCCAGGGAGCCUCACCAAGGAGGGGUGGCAUCUCCAGGUCCAGGGCAGGGUGGCAACGCUGGUGAUCGAGGACGCACAGGCCACCCACGCGGGGGAGUACACGUGGAACCUAGAAGGACUUCAGGACAACUACAUUGUCACCGUGCUCGAUGUCCCAGUUGAGGACAACCCCAACUGCACUGGAAAUGUGGUUGUGUACAGAGGCAUGCCAGCCGAGAUGUCCUGCAAGAUCGAGAACAACUUCUCCCAAGUGAACGUCUCCCUAUGCAAACCCGAGCAGAACUGCAGCCAAAUUCUAGGAGUGAAGGCCCCGGGGAGCCUCACCAAGGAGGGGUGGCAUCUCCAGGUCCAGGACAGGGUGGCAACGCUGGUGAUCGAGGACGCACAGGCCACCCACGCGGGGGAGUACACGUGGAAACUGAAAGGACUUCAGGACAACUAUAGAGUCACCGUGCUCAAUGUCUCAG